AAUAGUCGAGCAUCGUCGUCCGUUAAUAAUGCAGUUUUAGUGCAACAAUAAUUUAUUUCAAUUCGAUUUUUUUUACAUUACUUUGUUCGAAUUUAGUUUUGUGAAUAAGUGGAGCCAUGGCUUUACAGAAUGGACAUUCAAAAAAACAGCUGGAUGUGGUUGUCGUUGGCGGGGGAUUGGUGGGAUCUCUAGAAGCUUUAUAUUUAGCAAAAAGAGGACAUCGAAUUCGCCUAUAUGAGUUUCGUGAAGAUAUCAGAUACACUCCUCAAGCGAGAGGAAGGUCAAUAAACUUGGCGUUAUCAGUGCGCGGGAGGCGAGCGCUGAAGGAUGUGGGCGUCGAGACACACAUGAUCGAGGAACAUGGGAUCCCUAUGAAAGCAAGGAGGAUUCACCGAAUGGACGGGUCUACUUACGCUAUACCAUACGAUGCUAGGACCAAGCAGUGCAUUUACUCCGUUGGCAGAAACUACUUAAAUGCGAGGCUUUUGCAAGGUAAUUUAACUUUUACAUAACAUACAUUCAGUAAC